GCGGUUGUUCGCGGAUUGCUCAUCAGUGCUCGCCAAUAUUGUUUUGCGGCAAUGCAGGCACACUUUUUCAAUUGAUGUAUUGAGGCCUGAGGCAUAUUUGUGUAUACAGUAUGUGUGUAUCGAAGUGACUGACAGCGGAGAAAACCAGCGACGGUCAACAAGAGUGACCAAACAUUCGAGUAGCUGUGGAAUGCCAACGAAUACAAGUGGUUGCGGCUGCUCGUUGGUGCUCAGCGGCAAGCUCGCGGCUCUGGUUGGGUUUAGUAUAGAACAAAGUGUGCUCACAGUCGCAAGUAUUUAUAUACAAUCGUGUUUUUUCGCCACUGUUUCGGUUGUAGAAUAUAUCGGUUUGACGCUAUCCAAUUAUGGUUCAGCCACAACAAAAGCUGCCCAUCGUUCCGCAGCCAACUUACUUUGCUGUAGGCCCCCAGCCGCAUGAGGUCACCUGUCCCUAUUGUAAGGCGACGGCUAAGACCGUGAUGCAGCGUCCAAUACUGCGCUGCUUCAGUCGACGUCAUUACUGUUCCGAGUGCGGUGAAUAUUUGGGCACAUAUCGGCGGCCACAACUUUGAGUUGAUUUCUUGCCACCAAUUGGAUUGUAAACAACUAAGCUAUAUAUUUAUGUUAUAUGUGUAACUUUUUAUAUUAUAUUUAUAUAUGUUCUUGCAUACUUUUAAGUUUUUCUCGAUAUUUAACACAAUUUUCUGACUAUACAUUCUAAAUCAUAAUGAAUAAAUGUAAACAAAAAUCGCA